UGAUUCACGCACAUGAUAGCUUGGGGCUAAUGUUUUAACCCCUGUCUUUGUUUGACUACCUUUAAAAUGGGGAUGCUGUUGGUAUUUAUUACGCAAAAUCUCUGGGGGUGCUAACCGGGAGUGUGCCUGUUCGCGGGAAGACGCUUCCUCCCUCUCCAGGCAAGGCACGUUCUGCCCACGGAACUAGAGACUUUCCCUGCAGUGAGAGACGGUUAGGCCAGACAAGGGGAAGGCCUGGCACCGUGAAAGGUUGUGCCAACCUGUGGCACCUUCCCCACCACCCUGCCCCAGUGAUCCACAGGGCCCAGGGUUACAGGGGUUGGACAGAGCCUGUGGGGCAUCUGAGGGAAGGCCUCCCAAUAUGACAGCCAGGGAGACCCAACGUGGGUGGAAAUAGAUGCUGGCCCACCAGGUGCGUGCUGAAUCCAGCUUCCUACUUGACAAUGUAAAGAUCACUGGUUGUCUGUGGUCUCUGGCCCCCCAGCGGCGCCCACACCCUGCCUGCUCUAGCUAGACCCCUCGGUACACCCUGUGCCCUCCUCACCCCAAAGCCGGGCUGUCCCAGGUUCCGGUUGGGGUGACUGUGUCUACCCACACAGGUCUGAGGCUUACCCACACCUCCAAGCUCAGGGUCUUGGCCCUUAAGGGACAGCCGAGCUCAGCGAGCGAAGAGGGCUAUGGUACGGACUUCUACCUGGCAAGCAUUUAUCGAAUGCUUACUGUGUGCUUGGCUGCAUUCCUUGGCAUAGUGUAUCUACUGUCCGAGGGCCAGGGCACCAGGGGACAAGAGCGCCCAGCCGGGAUGAACACAGCUGUCCUGGAAGCACACCCAGACCCAGACCUUGGCCAGGAGCAGGCGGAAGGGAGGGUGUUUGCACUUUAUUGGGCACCCCUGGCCGUGUCCCCUGGGUGCCAGGGACAUGGGCUGGAGGCCUCGGAGUAGAGAAGAGGCAAAGCAGCCCAGCUCAAGCCAGGACCGUACAGAUGCUCGCGGUCCCUGGUGUCUCCGAGCCACCACGUGUGAGGGCCGCUGCUCCCAGCUGAGGCCUGGCCCCGAGGAGGAUGUCUCAGCUGCCGGCCGGCGCCCGUCUGCACCAUGAGUGAUGAGCGGCGGCUGCCUGGCAGUGCGGUGGGCUGGCUGGCAUGCGGAGGCCUCUCCCUGCUGGCCAAUGCCUGGGGCAUCCUGAGUGUGGGUGCCAAGCAGAAGAAGUGGAAGCCGCUGGAGUUUCUGCUGUGCACGCUCGCGGCCACCCACAUGCUCAACGUCGCGGUGCCCAUCACCACGUACGCCGUGGUGCAGCUGCGGCGGCAGCGCCCCGACUACGAGUGGAACGAGGGCCUCUGCAAGGUCUUUGUCUCCACCUUCUACACCCUCACCCUGGCCACGUGCUUCUCCGUCACCUCCCUCUCCUACCACCGCAUGUGGAUGGUCCGCUGGCCGGUCAACUACCGGCUGAGCAACGCCAAGAAACAGGCAGUGCAUACGGUCAUGGGCAUCUGGAUGGUGUCCUUCAUCCUGUCAGCCCUGCCUGCCGUCGGCUGGCACGACACGACUGAGCGCUUCUAUACCCACGGCUGCCGCUUCAUCGUGGCAGAGAUCGGCCUGGGCUUCGGCGUCUGUUUCCUGCUGUUGGUGGGCGGCAGUGUGGCCAUGGGUGUGGUCUGCACAGCCAUCGCCCUCUUCCAGACACUGGCUGUGCAGGUGGGGCCGCGGGCCGGCCGCCGCGCCUUCACCGUGCCCACCAUCGUGGUGGAGGACGCCCAGGGCAAGCGCCGCUCCUCCAUCGACGGCUCUGAGCCCGCCAAAACCUCGCUGCAGAUCACGGGCCUGGUGGCCACCAUCGUCAUCAUCUACGACUGCCUCAUGGGCUUCCCCGUGCUGGUGGUGAGCUUCAGCAGCCUUCGGGCGGACGCCUCGGCGCCCUGGAUGGCACUGUGUGUGCUGUGGUGCUCCGUGGCCCAGGCGCUCCUGCUGCCCGCGUUCCUCUGGGCCUGCGACCGUUACCGCGCCGACCUCAAGGCCGUCUGGGAGAAGUGCGUGGCCCUCAUGGCUAACGACGAGGACUCAGACAAUGAUACCAGCCUGGAGGGUGGCAUCCCCCCGGACCUGGUGCUGGAGCACUCUCUCGACUACAGCUAUGGAGGUGACUUUGUGGCCCUGGACAGGAUGGCUAAGUAUGAGCUCUCUGCCCUGGAGGGGGGCCUGCCCCAGUUCUACCCGCUGCGGCCCUUGCAGGAGGACAAGACACAGUACCUGCAGGUCCCGCCCACGCGACGCUUCUCCCACGACGACGCCGAAGUGUGGGCCGCCGUCCCGCUGCCCGCCUUCCUGCCGCGCUGGGGCUCGGGCGAGGACCUGGCCGCCCUGGUGCUGCCCUCUGGGUCUGACCGGCGCCGCGGCAGCCUGCUGGCCUUCGCGGAGGACGCGCCCCCGUUCCGCCCGCGCCGCCGCUCGGCCGAGAGCCUGCUGUCGCUGCGCCCCCCCGCCCCCGACGGCGGCCCGCGCCGCGCCCGCGACUCGCCCCCCGGCAGCCCGCGCCUCCGCCCCGGGCCCGGCGCCCGCUCCGCCUCGGCCUCGCUGCUGCCCGACGCCUUCGCGCUGACCGCCUUCGAGAGCGAGCCGCAGGCCCUGCGCCGCCCGCCCGCCCCGCAGGGGCCCCUCCUCGACGGCGCCCAGCCCGGCCAAGACGCGGCGCCCCCUGGCGGCGGCGGCGCGCAGCGGAGCCCCGGGCCGCGCCCGGCCGUGCACGCGCGCGCGGGGCCCCUGCGGACCGGCCUGAGCGCGUCGUGGGGCGAGCCCGGGGGCCUGCGCGCGGCGGGGGGCGGCGGCGACGGCAGCACCAGCAGCUUCCUGAGCUCGCCCUCCGAGUCCUCGGGCUACGUCACGCUGCACUCGGACUCGCUGGGCUCCGCGUCCUAGGGCCUACCGGCGCCUCCCCACGCGCGCCCGGCGGGCCGGGCCGCCCGCAGGGACCAAAGCACCAAAGAUGCCGCGCUGACCCAGGCCGGGCUCCGGGCAGCGCCACGCGGGGCCCGCCGACGGCGCCUGGCCGUGGGCCAGCUCUCCCUGCGUGACUGAGCCGCGGGCAUUUCCUGGAGUGACGGCGGCUGCCCUGGACGACCGCCGGGCACGGACCAGCUGCUGGGUACCGCAUCUCGGGGCAGAGCGAGCCUGGCUUGGGUCAAGGCCCUGAUGCACCUCGCGCAGCCCCGGGGCAGCUGGGUUGGGGGGAUGGGGGUGGCGGCCGGGAGCCCAGGAACCGGGCCACCACGAGACGGAGCAAAACCCAGCCCUGCGGGAGCUACACCCUAACUUUCCACUUCGCACUGUAACUGUCUCACCCCCGUGGGGGGCAGGGUACAGAGGGUCUCUAAGCACAGGGGUCUUCAAAGCCCAAACAAGCUCUCUGAGCAGGUGUUCCUGCUGACCAGUUCUGCCUCGGUUUCCCCAUCUGUUUUGAGCAGGUGACCAUGUUAACUCUCAGGACUGUUGGGAGAAGUCUCCUGGUCCCUGUGCACUGGCUCCUCAAUGGACAGGGUGUGAGAGCAUCUGGGGCCCUCUGUGGGCCCUUUGCGGGGCAUCAGUCUUCAGUGUGUGGCCCGGUGUGGCCUCUGCACCUGAGGUCUCCCACUCUCAGUGCCCCUGGCCCCCCAGGGACACACCCCAGCUAAAGCACAGCACUUUUCCUCCACCGCCCACCUUGACCACUGUUAGUGUCCCCCCACCCUCAUCACUCUGCCAUCCCUGUGUCCCCACCAAGUCAGCCUGUGACUCCCAUCACGAAAGUCAUGGGUCCGUGAUGGGAAAGAACUGAAGAAAGGGAAAACGGGCUUCCUUAUCCUGAUGCCCCAGGGAAGGAAUCCUGGCUUAGAGUCCUCCCAGGUUGGGGGCCGGGUCCCUGGUGAGGGUCCUCCCUCACCCGUGGACAGGGCUCCUGGCUUUGCCAUGGGUCUUGGGGAAGGGCCUGCUGGGUAUUCUUUGGAGAAAGACCCUAGGCUCAGGCUAAGGAGAAGCCCAGGAACAGCUGUGACCUUGAGCUGAAAGGACAAGGGCAAAUGCAGAGGCUGCGUCAUCCUGGCCCCUGCCUCCACACAAUGGCCCCUACACCUGAGCCCCACCCCCAGCCCCUCCCCUAGCAGAUUCCAGGGCCAGCACGGAGCCUGCCAGCCCUAUGUUCCCUCCUGCUCUGUCACCUGGGAUUGCAACACUGCCCCGGACCCUCGUGGUCACGCCCAUUUCCUCACCCCCCUGACAAGGUCUUGGCCCCAGAGGAGGCCCUGGCGGGGGGGGGGGGGGGGGGGUGAGGAUAGGGGAUUACCUGGCUCCAUCUAUGGUUUGGAGGCCACUGGUCCUAGGCUGUGGGGUAACUGGGCAGGGAGGAGCCAGCCACAGGUGAGCAGGACAGAAAACCACAGUAGAGCCCCAGCCACGGGAGGGGCCACCUCUGGCCAAUGCUGCUGUGCCUUCAAGGACUCACAUGUCCAGUGGGGGCAGAGAUCAUCAGCUAGCCACUGUGUCAUCCCCCCACCCCACCCCUUGCUCAGGCCGGCCCACUUGUCACAUUGGGUUUUUACUCUGUGUUUCAUAUCCAAUGGCAAUACUUGCAGGGAGACAUGAUACCCCCAAAUCCCUCCAGUUAUGGUUUUUACAAAAAUAAAAAGGAGGGAGGACCCCAGAUGGAGGACCCUGGGGCCUGGGUCUCCCCCUCACACUUUGUGCAGCCGCCAGGCCUAUUUGCUGCGUUGAGAAGCAGCUUGGCCCCAGGCUCACAGGGGAGGGAGCUCUGUCCUUAUACCACCACCCACCCAGAGCCAGGAAUCUGUUUGUAGUUUUUUGACGACUGAGCAUUUCUCUUCUGUACAGAAUACAAUAAAAACUUCCUAUGAUUUGCA